AUUGCAACACAAAGGCCAUUCCCGAAGCUUGAUGGCGCCGCUGCGCAUCGUCUCGCUGCUGCCGUCGGCGACGGAGCUCGUCUACUACGUCCUGUGCCAGCUCGACGAGGACGACCCGGCGGGCGCGCCGCAUGCGCAGCUCGUCGGGCGGUCCCACGAGUGCGACUGGCCCGAGGCCUUGGUCGCCGGCGUGCCCAUGCUCACGGCCUCCCAGAUCAAGUUUACCACGUCCGCCGAAGUCGACGCGCAGGUGCGCGCGCAGCUCUCAACGGGCGUCGGCCUCUACUCGGUGCGCCUCGAGCUUCUCCAGUCGCUAUCGCCCGACUUCAUCGUGACCCAGUCGCUCUGCAAGGUGUGCUCGGUCGACUACUGCAUGGUGGACGAGCUCACGGCCGGCAUGAGCCCGCGACCUGUCUUGAUCGAUACCAACCCGAUGUCGGUCAACGACGUGCUCGCCGACAUCCGACGCAUCGCGACCACCCUCGGCUUUCACGACGCCGGGCAGCGCGUCGUCGCCGCCCUCCAGCGCCGCAUCGACGUGGCUCGGGCGAUCGUCGCCGCCAAGCUCCUUCCGGGCAUGCGCCGCCGGAGCAUUGGCUUUUGCGAGUGGACCGACCCGAUCUUCUGCGGCGGCCACUGGACGCCCCAGCUCAUCGAAAUGGCUGGCGCGGUCCACCCGCUCAACGUGACCACGUGCGGCCCCGAGACCGGCGCGCACCCGUCGCGGUCGAUUCCAGCCAGCGAAUUCAUUGCGUCGGACCCUGACAUCAUCGUCGUGGCACCCUGCGGCCUCGACAUGGAUGCGACCAAGCGGGAGCUCGCGCCGCUGAUCCAUCAUGCGUGGUGGAAGCAGCUCCGCGCCGUGCGGGAAGGCCGCGUGUACCUUGUGAACGGCAACCACAUGUUCAACCGCCCGGGCCCGCGCCUCGUCGACGCGCUCGAGUGGCUCGUCGCGAUGCUCUGGGACGUCCCCAGCGCGUGUGCUUUUGACUUUCCGGCCGAGAAAUGGGUGCCGCCCACGGGAUAUUUCGCAACGUCGUAAAUUGGGAAUCCCACAAUAUACGAA